CUUUAAACAAGCCCUCUAAUUAUCCGUGUUCAUUCAUGUAGUGCCAUUCUUUGUCUGCCUCCGAGGAAUUAUUAUUGUGAACAACUCAGCGUACAUAAUAUGGACAGGAAAAUAGUUAUUCUUUAUUCGGCAAAAGCUUCUAGACCUUCUUGUUCACUGGAAUUCAGCCACGAUACAACCAAAUCAACCAACACUACCCACGAAAGUUCAACGGAAUGCAAAGGCGCUGCAAGUGAAAAUGGUGGAACCGGUGUUGUGAAAGAGUUGAUGGAAAAUGCACUGGACGGUGAAGCUACCAGUAUUGAUGUAAUACUUGAAAAUAACGGACUUGAUCGGAUUGACGUAAAGGAUAACGGCUGUGGCAUUAAGAGAACAGACACUCCGUAUAUGUGUCUGCCAAGUUAUACGUCAAAAAUAGGUGGAUAUGCAGAUCUUGACAAACUUCAGAGCUAUGGUUUUCGUGGUGAAGCCUUAAGUGCUAUAUGUCGUGUGGCAGAUGUUACUGUGACAACUCGGACAAAUGAAGAUGAACUUGCUAUGGUAUACACCUUAAACCAUGAUGGAAACAUUGUUGCCACCAAACCGUCACAUUUUGCUAAAGGUACAUUGGUGACUGUGAAUAAAUUGUUUCGAAACCUUCCGGUCAGAAAGAAUUACCUGAAUGCAGGCCGCAGGGCUGCAGAAGAACUGAAGCGAGCUGAUAACAUAGCUAAAUCACUAGCAGUUAUUCAUCCUAGCCUUCGAGUUACUUUCUGUCAUAAUAAGUGCUUACUAUGGCAGAAGGCUGCUUGCACAAGCUUGCAGCAGUCAGUGAUGCAAGUUGUUGGGUACCACAUUUCCAACAACCUUGAGGAACUUGUGCUGCAAGAAACAGAGUUGAAUGUAGACAUGUUGGUUCCAAAAAGAGAUACUGAAAAUUUUGCAGCACUGUGCUCAUCAAACAUUGAGUGCAUGAUGCUGUAUGUCAACAAACGCCCUGUACGAUAUAAGAAGCUAGAAAAGAUGGUGCUGAAGUACACUGCUGAGUGCUUUUCUGGCCAGCCACUGACUCAUAAGUACCCGUUCUGUCUUCUGUCUAUUGUUAUGUCCCCUGGAGGUUUGGACGCCAACCUCGAACCAAACAAAACACGAGUGUUGUUGAAGGAAGAGGAUGAAGUGCUAUCAAAAAUUGAGAUUUUGCUUUCAUCAUAUUAUGAGGUUAAAGAAGAUCCACGGCAGAUGUCUAAUGCUCCAGAUACAACAGCUGUAUGUGAAGGAGAAUCAACAUAUGCACCUAACAUACAACAUAUAUCAGGCAUGAACAGGGGGAAAGCAGACAGCAUAGAACAGAAAGGGAGGGAGUGGAAACAAUUGAAAGUGGAUACUGCAGUAGGUGGCAAAGCAGAAAAUGUUGCUGUUGUCUUAACUCAGAUUGGUAAGGAGAGGUUUCUAAAUGCAGCAGGAGCUGACUUAAUGGAAAGUGUCUCACAUGAAGAAAGAGACUCAUGUGUAAAUAACAAAUUAGGAAAUGUAGUCCAAGCUGAAACAUUAACAAGUGCAUCUGAGAUGGCAUGCAAUGGAUGGACUGUAACAAAGAAUAUGUAUACUAGUGGUAACCAAAACCCUGAUUGCAGGUUUGCCAGUAGAGAAACUGAUAUUGGGCCCAGUGUUGGCCCCUCUAAUACAAAUGUACCUGAAACAAGUUUGAAUGAACAGAGUGAAAAGGAUGGUCAUGACUCACACUUGCAUUGCAAUGAACUGAUGCUGGGUUCAAGCACAGAGCAUGAAUUUGGCCAUGAGCCUGCAUCAGCAGCUGCAGACUUUGAGUUAAGAAAUGGUGAACAUGAAGUAGAGAUACAGGGCAUGGACCAGACCAGAAGUAACAGUACUAAUACCAGAACAUUAAACGAAUUAGAUUCAGUGACAAAUGUAAUACAGAAGACACAUACGUCCAUUGCAAGUAGUACUGAGAAGUCUGCACAAAGUGUUCUUAAAGAUGUGACGCAGGGAGAUGACCUUAAUUUCUUCUUUAGUUCAGAUUUUGAUGAAGAAAUGGACUGUUGUUCAUCAAACAACAGCAAAAUAAUUUCAGUACCAAGUGACAGAAGUUCUGUGACCCAAAAUACUGGGAAGACCGAUUCAGAAAAGCAGCCGUGUUUAAUUAGUGACUUAGUUUCAGAUGUUACAAAUACUGCUGCAAUUCCUCUACCCGGCAUCGGUGAGCAUGUGUGGGACGAUGGUGAUUUUGCAAUGGUAUGGAGUAAAGGUCAGCUGAAGGGGUCAAAUGGCAAAGUGAUGCAGGGUCCUUCAGUGUUAUUACCAAAAUCAGCUACCUCCCGAAAGAUGGCUGAAACUCUGAACUCUUCCAACCACAGUGUGAGCAGUCAAAUGGGUUGUAAGGAGCAGAGUGCCUUCACAAAAUUUGCAAGACAGGAGCGUCCUAAAGUCUUAAAAGAGUUCCCUGGUAUUGCAUUCACCAAAGUUUCUGAGCUCCUUGUGGAACGGUGGCGUGCACUUCCAGUUGAAGAGCACAUCAAAUAUGAGAAGCUGGCAAAAGAAAUGGAUAAGAAACGCAAGUACAGUGCUGACAGAAUUAGUGGGGAACAAGUAAUGAGUGUGAAGAGCUUUAUGAGUAAAAGUUGGAACAAGAAGAUUUGUCAAAGACCAUACAGAAGGGAGAUGGCCCUGGAUGUAUCAUUAAACAAACUAAAAGAAGAUUGUGUUCCAGCACAUAAUGAAUUAAUGGAUAUAGUUCCUAUACUAAUUGGGCAACUCCGUCCAAGUGGGACUUGGUUGUACAGGAAAGAGAAUGAAAUUGGUGUAGUACGUCACUGGGGUUUGCAAGAAACAGUUGUCUAUUAUAGACUGAUGUUGGAUCAUAGUAUUCCUCUGAUGAAGCUGGACUCCAGCAUCCCUCUUGAUGAAAGCAUUCUAGGUCCAGAACUCUGGAAAAUUUUACUUUCGUUGAAGAAAACAUAUGAUAUAAUUAAAAAUGCGGUAAUUAUCACAAGUGAUGUCAUCUCAAAAAAUGGCUUCAGAAUUGAAUUAACAGAAGGAUCAGGCAGGGCGUAUUGCAUGCUGACAGAAACAGCAAGUAAUAUCAGUUUCUAUGGAGUAAAUGACUUGAAGGAUGUGUUGGAGUUGAUCAAGAAAAAUGGCUCUAGUUGUUUGGAGAAAUGCCGGCCAGAGAGAGUGAAAUGUUAUAUAAGGGAUGAGGCUGUUCGAAUAGCACGCCAGUGCCCAGGAAUUAUGGAGAGAGAGACAUUGCAAGACCUUGUGCACUACUGGCAGUCAAAUCUCACUCAUUUAGGAGCAACCUGUCUCCAUAGGAAGCCAUUCUUUUUUGUACUGAAGGACUUGUCAGAAGUGGAGUUACAAAAACAGAAGAAUUAAGGUAUUGGUGAGAACUGCGGUGUAAUAGACCUGAAUCUGUAAUUUUUAUUUUUAUUUUCUCAACCGACAUGUGAUAGCUACACUAUUCAGUUAUUCUUAGUAAACAUUUUCUGUUGCCUAUACGUAUGUAUGGAAUAAUAAAAAUAUUUGUAUACAUUCAUGAAAUAAAUUAUCACAUUAAGAGAA